UCGACGAGAACGGGGCUGUCGGGAGAGCUCCUUUAGGGAUAUUCAAUCAAUUCCUUAUAUAGUUUUUUUCUUUUACAAUAUUCGAGAAAGUUUUUUUUUUUCAAUUAGAUAUAUAUAUAAUAUAUUUUUGUUUCUGUUCCACAACGUGACACCGCAUUCGUAAACGAAUUUAAAUAAUUAUAUAUUUAGACAAAUCUUGUGACGAUAAUUAAGAAAAAGAUAAAAAGCAAAAAAAGGAAGAAGAAGAAGAAAAAAGAAGGAAGAAAAGAAGAAAUAAAGAAAGAAGAAAAAUGAGGUGUACAACGGUGACUCUGGUGGCUACGAUCAGCGUUUUCGCAUUGGUCAACUCGUAUCCUGUGCCUCAAGAAAGAGGGUUUCGAUCAGAGGCUCUCGAACGGUUGUUAAUGAUCGAAGGGGACAAGGAAGCUGCACUGAGGAAUAAAAGGACGAUUGGUAUUCUUCGUCAACUGUUUCCAGAUAUUACCCAGGACGUGAAUCCUGAGGCGGAGAAUCGGGACGUGAAUCCUGAGGCGGAGAAUCGGGUUAACGAGGUUGGGUCUGAGUCACAGAACAAUGAGGUACGCGUGCAAUUUGCUGACGAACAAUCGGCGAACGAGGCGGUGCCAAAUUUAACACCUUUGGAAGACGUCGAAAGCAGUGACGAUGAGAACAGAAAUAAAAGGUUUUUGAACUUUGGAUUUGGGGGGAGUUCGGGUGGCAGCGGAGCAGGCUCAGGCAACUUCCUUUUUGAUAUAAUCAGGCAAGCAGCCGACGGGGCGGCAAGAGCGGCGGGCACGGUUUACCGCGUGGUCGCCGGCACUCAGAGCUUAGGGCUCGGUCUUAGUGCUUCGCGAGACGUCGCUGCCGCCGCCCCAGCUGCUGCUUCUGCAUCAUCAUCAUCACCAUCAUCAUCAUCUUCUUCUUCUUCCUCUACCCCUGGCGCAUCUUCCUCGACGGCCGAUGCAUCCUCGACAGCCGCCCCUCAGUCAGCAGCCGGCACUCAACCACCAUCGAUGGUAGCAGGAAGCGGUAGUCAAAGUAAUUCGUCAGGUGAUGCUUCUGCUGGAAGGACGGACGGUACGCAAGAAGCUAUACCUGGACCAAUUACCAGGCUCUUUGUUAUUGCCAAUAGAGGAAUUUCGAAUCUUCUUCAAGAUCUUAUACUCCGCUUGGCUGCCACGAGCGAACGUAUCGUCAACUUCAAGGCACGAUUGAUCACCUCGAUUAUCUAGGAUCAUGCAAGAAGUAGGAUACAGAUCUAUAAGAAACAUCGUGAGAGUCUUCGUGAUAAAAUUACGUAGCACUAAUCGCGAUUGAAGAAAGCCAACCCUGCCGGAGGACCACGGGGUACGACGUCGACAACAUUAUCGACAUAUAUCCUUUUUCUCUAUCUUUCUUUUACUGAAUCUUUAUUUUUUUAUCUACGAUCUUUUUAGAUUUUCUAUACGUCGAAUGUUGUCCCCUUGUCCCUGAGAUCCAAAAAAAAAAAAA